AUGCGUGAAAUUUGGGAGCAGCGUGAUCCCACUUUUCAUCAAGCGGAAUUGGAAUGUCUCGGGAGGGAACAACGAGAAAUUGUGACGGUAGACGACAGCGUUAAGGAUUCUCCUAUCAUCUUCGAAGAGGAAGAGAAACUCCCUAUUGUAGAAGAAGAUGAAGAUUCAAUAGAAAGUAGAGAUAUGAGUGCCUCAGUACCAGCGCACAGUGUUGUACGCCAUUCAUCUCAACAACUUGGCCUUUCUAAAGAAGCAAUCAUUCGUAAUGAAGAUGCAAUCACAUUGCUGUACGGCGCCCCUCCACCUAUUUCGGCUCAGCAAGCGCUAUUGGGAACCCCAAGGUGGACAUCUGAUUACGGAUGCUCCGAGUGUUACGUCGAAGGUGUUCGACUAGAAAGACGAGCCUGGAUUGCCGGCAAUGAAGAAGACACACGUCAAAGAAGUCGAGAGUCUUAUGAAGUCGGCGGCGAACUUGGGCAAUGUGGCAUAAUGAAGAAAACCGCAACAAUGCGCAUGAUUCUACCGUGCGAUUUCAUUGGAGAUGCGCUACACGUAUGCUCAGAAGGGGUGAUUCGCGAAGGCUGCGAGAAGUUGGAAGAUUGCCUCCUUAGCGUUUCCUCGCAUGCAUAUGCCAACAGUCUAAUACUCUCAAUUGAAGACAUGCAAAGCCAUGGAGUUGGAGGAGUUGUUUUUCCCUUGACAGCUGCUGCGAGAAUGAUUGCCUGUCCAACAGCAGCAACAGCGCUAUGGGACUACUGGCUUUGUUUGAAAAUAAUUUCAAGAUCUCGGACGAUGACAGCUCGAGAUAUUGGGAUUGCAAAGACAGUGGCCAAAGACACUAGAAAUUUGGAUAAAAAGCCGGCCUUCCAUAUAUACGAUGAAAUGCCACGAUUCGGAGUCGAUGUCCUUGGCUUCGGACGCCGGGAGCUAGAGAAUGGCGCCACAAAUCUUCAGGAAUCGACAUUCUUCAUGGAAUUGGGGGGCACCGAUGCUGAGAGGAAGAAAGCUUUGAGUGAACUUUAA